AUGCACCGCGGCAGGCAGCCUUUGAAAAAGCGGCGCGGCUCCUUCAAGAUGGCGGAGUUGGAUCAGCUGCCUGACGAGAGUUCAUCAGCAAAAGCCCUGGUGAGCUUGAAAGAGGGAAGCUUAUCCAACACAUGGAAUGAAAAGUUCACUUCUCUGCAGAAAACGCCUAUUUGGAAAGGCAAGAAUGCAGGAGCUGCAGUAGAAAUGCCAUUCAGAAGUUCAAAGCGAAGCCGUUCCUUUUGUGAAGAAGAAGAAAGACAAAUAAGUACAAGAUCACCUAAAAGAAAUCAGAGGGUUGCAAUGGUUCCACAGAAGUUUACUGCAUCGAUGCCAACCCCAGACAAAAAAGCAUCACAGAAGAUUGGUUUGCGGCUGCGUAAUUUACUCAAACUUCCAAAAGCUCACAAAUGGUGUAUAUAUGAAUGGUUCUACUCCAAUAUAGAUAAGCCACUGUUUGAAGGUGAUAAUGAUUUCUGUGUUUGCCUGAAAGAAUCGUUUCCCAAUCUGAAAACCAGAAAAUUAACAAGAGUAGAAUGGGGGAAAAUCAGACGAUUAAUGGGGAAACCACGAAGAUGUUCUUCUGCAUUCUUUGAAGAGGAAAGAGCUGCAUUAAAACAGAAACGGCAGAAAAUUAGACUUCUGCAGCAACGGAAGGUGGCAGACAUAUCCCAGUAUAAAGAUCUUCCUGAAGAAAUCCCACUGCCACUAGUUAUAGGAACAAAAGUUACAGCGAGGUUACGUGGGGCCCAUGAUGGACUCUUCACUGGACAAAUAGAUGCUGUUGACACUCUUAAUGCUACUUACAGAGUAACGUUUGAGAGGGCAGGGCUCGGAACUCACACAAUCCCAGAUUAUGAAGUCCUUAGUAAUGAACCUCAUGAAACCAUGCCAAUUGCUGCCUUUGGACAAAAACAGCGGCCUUCUAGAUAUUUCAUGACUCCUCCUCGACUACAUUAUACACCUUCCCUUCAGUCACCAAUUACGGACAGCGAUCCUUUAUUAGGACAGUCUUCUUGGAAAAACAAAAUUUCAGGCUCAGAUAGCGAGACUUUAGGUGGUUUUCCAGUAGAAUUCCUUAUCCAAGUGACGAGAUUAUCAAAAAUCCUUAUGAUUAAAAAGGAACACAUCAAGCAGCUCAGGGAAAUGAACACAGAGGCAGAAAAACUGAAAUCCUAUUCUAUGCCGAUCAGCAUUGAAUUUCAGCGUAGAUAUGCAACUAUUGUUUUAGAUCUUGAACAGCUAAACAAGGAUCUAAACAAAGUUUUGCAUAAAGUUCAGCAAUAUUGUUAUGAGCUUGCGCCAGAUCAAGGCCUCCAGCCUGCAGACCAUCCAACAGAUUUGAGAAGGAGAUGCGAGGAGGAAGCUCAGGAGAUUGUGAGGCAGUCAAAUACAUCAACGACAGGACAGCCUUGUGUGGAAAAUGAAAACCUAACAGACCUAAUUGCUAGACUUACAGCAAUAUUGCUGCAGAUUAAGUGUCUAGCAGAAGGAGGUGAUCUAAAUUCCUUUGAGUUUAAGUCAUUAACAGAUUCAUUAAAUGACAUCAAGAACUCCAUAGAUUCCUCCAAUAUCAGUUGUUUUCAGAAUAACGUUGAGAUCCAUGUUGCACAUAUUCAGAGUGGACUCAGCCAGAUGGGAAAUUUACAUGCCUUUGCUGCAAACAACACCAACAGAGACUGACAAAGAGAAAUGUUCACCUUAGUCCAAGUGUACAGAAUGUAGCUGUGGAAAAGCCUCGUUAUAAGCUUCACCAAAUAUCCUAACUGCUGGAAAAUAAAGGAAAUUAAAAGGAUAUUUUGAGAUGUGUUGUACUGCUUCUGAAGAAACCAGCAAGAAAUUACCAGCAUUGCUAUAGACUUCAUCACUUGCUAUGCACAUACAGUAUCUUGUUUAACAGCUAAACUUUAGUUAUAAAAGUACGUACAUUGUUUUAAUUGAAUGUUAUAC